AUGCAGCCAGUGGAUACCAUUCCUUUUGCGUCCGCUGACUCGUCGGAAGAUGAAGAGGACGUGGGGCUUGAGAAAGAGCCUUCUGACGCGUUGAAGCGCCCACAAUCGUAUCGUUCAGAGAGCAUGUACACCAAAUUACUUCAACAGCUUAUUGAAACCGUUCUUGAAUACGAGUCUCACCUCUUCUCAUCUGAGGAGCUUGACGUUUUGGAAAGAUUGAACAAUUUAACAUAUCACUCUCGAUAUCUCUUGGUUCGACUCUUGCUUAGGUCGCGUUGUAAGCUCCACCGUCUCAGUGAUCUGGAAGAGAGGUAUUCGUCGGAAAUCAAGAUCGCCGUGUCGAGUUGUAUCGAUGAACUCUGCCGUUAUGUUGCGCCAGCGGGUGCUGCAGUACUCGAGGAUUCUUCAACAUUAUCAACCGACCCAGAAGUACUUGCGCCGAAUUCUUCACGCGGCAUAGAUGGCAUAGAUGGUCAGCUAGACACACCGGGCGCUGGACCAUGUCCUUCUAUCGACAGACCGUCUCACUUUCUCGCGUUCGCUGAAGAUGAAUCUGCGCUCAGUACAGAAGAACUCCUUAACAGUCUGAAACUUGAUGAACUGAAACUUAUUGGCUCGACAAUGAAGAUAACCAAGUUGUCAACGUCGCGUAGGCCUUUAAUAGCCUCCAUAUUACAACACGCAAGUCGGCAGACAACACUACCCUCCUUUUAUACUAGAGCCCCAAAGGAAUCCCUCCCUUCGCCACCUGCCUCAACAGAGCCACCCACAACUCCCGAACGACCACGCAUUAUCAUCGAUCUCAUCACUCCACCGCCCAGUAGCGGAUCAGAAAAAUCACUUAUCAUUUCCCAGAAGUCCAGAUUGAGGGACAUGAUCCUAGAAGUGGAAAAGCGAUUUAUUCGAAUCUCGGAGCAUAUUUUCAAACUAUUUGAGCGGUUUAAUCUCGUAUAUUUCCGCUGCACGGAGAUGUCAUCUAAUUCUCUUCUUCUCCCGUUGAUCUUAUCCAAGUCUAGAAGAAGGCAUUAUCCACCAUGCGAUGCUAAACGGACGCCAAACAUAUUUCGCAACAGAGACGCUUUGCUAAAUUAUGAGGAGGCCCUCCGCCUUGAAGAAGAAAUGGACAACAUUCUUGGCCACCCACUACUAGAAGGAGAGAAGCCUGUUACCCGCGUAUUGCAGGCUAAGGCGCUGUAUGAUUCAUUGCAUGGAAAGUGGCAACAAUUAUGCAAGGACCAAAAUGAAAGUGCUCAGGGGCCCUUCGCAUUGGAACGUUUCGAAGAAGGUCAUGUAUUAACCAGAAUAAUGUACAAAGGUGCUGAUGCUCUUGCUAAACUUCACAUGUACGCGGAGGAAGCAGCAUUGCUUACAGAGCUGCUCUCGCAAAAGCGAUGGAGAAGAGGAAAACGGGGACUUUGGUAUGAUCGACUGGCUUUGGUGUACAUGAAGCAUCAGUCGGAACCCCGGAAAGCUUUACAGGUUGUGGUUAACGGCCUUCAAGAUCCUUUAUAUCGUCCGCAACUAGAGCGGAGACUCGCCCGCCUUGAAAAGAUGCUCAAGAUCCCCAAUACCGAGCGUCACGAAUGUCUGGGAAAACAACGCAAAGCUAAUGCGAGGAGAGUCUGUGGAAAGAGAAUUCACGUUAACGAUGACUCGAAUCCUCUCGCGCCGGGACAAAACACUUUGUUGUCGGUGCUGGUACAACGGCGUGCUUCUCGCACUCCCCUCGGAAGGCCGGAAAAGACAAACAUCAUUGGAACACACAGUUUGUGGGUAGGAAAGAACGGCUCAACCGUACGGGUGGAACAACUUGCUCUUGAGCAUUAUGAAACACUGGGGUAUAGAGGGUAUCACUCGGAGGGCAGAAUCAUAUACCACAUGUUUCUGCUACUCUUCUGGUCAAUCGUCUUCCAGCCUAUUCCUGGCGCAUUUGAAACUUUGUUUCAACGUGGACCGCUCGAUCUUGGAUUUGAUUCUUUCUAUCAUGCUCGUCGGGAUGAGAUUGAGCAACGACUUCAAGAUAUUGAGAAUGGAGAGGGGCCACGCAUUGUGGCCGAAGUCGACGAUCGAGAAAGGCCAAUGCGGGCCUUUGGAGUGGGCGCGAAGUGGGAUGCCUUCACAAAAGAAGAUGUUGUUGAUGCAGCCAUGUGUAUCGGUGGAACCGCCCUCUCUGUCAUCUGUCGUGUUAUCUGCGAAGACUAUAGCCACCGUUCUUCAGGUGUGCCAGAUCUUCUUGUGUGGAACAUAUCUUCGCAGAAAGCCCUCUUUGUGGAGGUCAAAGGUCCUGGUGAUACUCUCAUGGAAAAUCAAAAGGUAUGGAUUGACGUUCUGAUGCAAGCGGGGGCUUCUGUAGAAGUCUGCCACGUUGAAGAGGAAGGCAUGGAUUAUCGACCAUCGAAAAGCACAGCCAAAGCAAGCACCGGACACACGACGAAACCCAACGCAAAAAUAACUGGCAGUGACGAUCCUGCAAAGUGCGCGGCGACUGCUUUGGUGGGCAAAAAUGGAGCGCCCUUAGUAACCACAUGCGGUUCAACAGACGUGAUAUUUGUUCACGACAGCGACAGUGAAGUGGAGUCCGCACUGACGUUCCCUCGAAAGCGCUUCAUCUCCGAAUCUGCAAAAGGACAUCUAGUUCCCCCUGAUCAGUCAACUGCAAGCUCUAAAAAGCCACGGCUCAGCUCCGUGUCUUGA